AUGCAUCUCCCCACAAUCUCCACCCUCGCACUCCUUCUCUCCACCCCAGCUCUCGCAGCCCAACGGAAAUCACGGCGAGCCACAGACCUAGCAAAAGCCGAAAUGGAGGCCCGCGUACAAGCCUGCGCAAAUGCGGUCGCGGUCGGGGCGAUUGACGGCGACUACUCGUCGAUGCCCUCUUACUGCUACGAGGACAACUACGGCCUGGACUCCACCACGGAUUCGACGACGGGCAGCAGUGGUAGCGGCAGCGGCAGCGGCAGUGGUUCGUCGAGCGGGAGUGGUUCGUUGAGUGGGAGUAGUUCGUCGAGCAGGACUGGGGCGGGGGUGAGGAAUGGGGCGGGAGUUGGAGGGGCGCUUGUGCUUGGAGUUGUGGCGGUUGUGGUCGCGAUGCUAUAG